AUGCCAGAUCUCGUAGCUUUCUUCAUAAAGAUCAUAACAACAUUGAUUCUACAUGCAUAUUCUCAGCUCUCCCAAGCUGCCUAUCGCCUUGCUUCAUUGAGUAGAGACAGACUCCCAGGGGCGGACCCCAUACCAAAGAGGCAUCCUUCGCUCCCUCCCAUACAUGCCCUGAUCAUAGGCAUAAACACCUAUCGAUCCGAUCUUAUCACCGAUCUCCGUGGGGCAGUGAAUGAUGCUGAUGCCAUGAACGACUACCUACGCAAGGAGUUGCACGUCCCGGCCAAUCAGAUAGUCAACUUACGAAACAAGCAAGCGACCCGGAAAGCGAUCAUCCGAGAGCUCCGAGCAUUCCGCAAACGAGAGACCAUCCAGAAGGGCGACCCUAUACUCAUUUACUUUGCUGGGCACGGUUCGACUUCCAGUGUUCCAGACGGAUGGGCAGCAGCAAAUGGCAAGAUAUCACUCCUCAUGCCGUACGAUAGUCUCUCCCGAAAGGUGUACGGUGCGACCAUACAACCUAUACCGGAUCGUACCAUUGGCGCGAUUCUACACGACCUUGCCGAGGGCGGAAAGGGAAACAAUGUGACAGUGAUCCUUGAUUGCUGUCAUUCGGGGUCUGGUACACGCGAUCUCGACCCCAAGGCCCCGCUUCGCGAGCGAGGCAUUGUACUGGAUGAGAAAUACAAGCUGCCGUCGAAUCUUGACGUAGGCAUUUGGAAUGAGACCUCCAAGGACAGGGCUGUCUCCGUUGCCGAGGGGUUUUCACUCUCUGGAACGAAGUCGCAUGUACUCCUUGCUGCUUGUCGCGAAAGCGAGAAGGCCAAAGAAGACGAGGAUGGCGGGGUCUUCACUCGCUCGCUAUUGAACGCCCUGCGGACAUUGGAGCUUCAUAAGACAACAUACCAAGACCUGAUGGAGCAGAUCAUCAAUGUCCCAGGCCAAACCCCACAAUGCGAAGGUCAUUACAGCGACCGCAUACUAUUCAAUGCCCUCGUGAAGAGUAAGAAGUCUCUUGUAUACCCCGUAACGUCCGAAGGACAAAAAGUCAUUAUGGCUGCUGGCGCUAUCCACGGCGUAACAGAGGGAUGUCUGUACUCGAUAUACACGUCUCGCCACUCUGCGCCUGACUCCGAACCCCUGGCGGUCAUGUCGGCUUCAUCUGUCGGUCCCUUCAGGACAGAACUGUCUUGUAGUGACGCUGCCCGUGCGCUCGCCAUUACAUGGCCGUCUUCUUGCUUCGCCUUCCAGAGAACACGUUCUGAUGGCCAAGCAGUGCGACUAUACGUCCCGCACGGAGACAGUAUCCCGCCGGUCAUGGAAGCUCUGCAAGAGAUGCAUGAGCUUCAGCAGCAGACACUCAGUUUCGCUCUUCUGACGGGGAAUGAGAACGAGGCGCACUUCGGUGUACGCCUGGAUGGGCAUCGGAUCAAGUAUCCUAUAUGCGACCCCUUGGUCACAUCGUAUGGGCUACACGCGUUCUAUCAGACGACGAAGGCCAGGUCUCGCUACGUUUAUCCCAUUCUGCGGGCUGGGAUCCAUUUCUUCUGGCAUUUGCAUCACGGGCCGAAAAAGCAUCAACUGCUGGAUCACAUUCAGCCCCAGAUGUACGAGCUUGAGCUGGACGAAGACGGGGAACUCGGACUCGAUCUUCGACGUCCGUAUACGACGUCUGGGGGCAGCCUUCUGCAGUCGGGCCGUGUGGACAUCACCGUGACAGACCAGGAUCGGAGCGUCUACGGCAUUGCUGUCCAUAACCGACUCAAAGUGCCAUUGCACGUCUGGGCCUUUUACUUCGAUUGUAGCGAUCUCUCCAUCAACGAAUACCACAGACCGACUGCCGUUGGAAGGGGCGCAGACGCGUCGCUUCCUGCUGAAGGCAGCCUGACCAUUGGGUACGGCGACGGAGGUGGACGGCCCUUCACUUACUUCCUGCGGCCUGAGCAGGACGUAGAUGUCGGCUUCAUCAAGCUGUACAUCUCAACGCACUUCGUCGACCUCUCACAUAUCGAGCAAGAGUCGCCCUUUGAGGUCGGGAUGCCUCGAGGAAGCGAGAUGACGGUGGAACACUUCGAAGGGGCAUGGGAUACUGUGUUGAUCCCUGUGGUUCAACAUCGCUGA